UCAUCCUGCAGAAGACAGCGGGACAAUGGAGAGCUGGAACACGGCAGGAUGACACGUUUGGGGCUUUUUUUCUCUCGACUUUUGGGGAAUGGGUUAUCUACCAAAACACUCACCUGGAUCUCCGGAGGUUGAAUCUAAUCUGUAUAAUUUGUCUCGGGAAUAUUCCCUCGUCGCUCCGGUAACGCUCGUCACUCCGCUCACCUUUCUCCACCCAUCAGUCGCAGCGCGUCUUUAAUUGGAGGGACUCCGAGGAUAAUUGAUGGCGAUCAUCCUCCCCGGACUGUGAGCCCGCUGGCUGCGACACCUCUGCGCAGCUCUGCUCGGAUGCUUUUGUCCGCCGUCUGUCGCCAGUGUUCGUGCUUUCGGACCCUUCCGUGACCAUGCCGGUGAGCGCGCUGCCCCGCGGCGGCGGCAUCGGCGGCCCGGGAUCACUCAGCCCGGCGUCGUUAUCCCGCAGCCUGUCCCGGCUCAGAGAGAACCGGACUCGGACGCGGAUCAUGCUGGCUUUGGGGGUCUCUCAGAUGGUCCUGGGGAGUCUUAUCCUGGCGGUGAGCUUCACGGCUCUGGCGCUCACCACGUCCUCCAGAGUCCGGCAUUCAUGCCCGUUCUGGGCAGGAUUUUCGGUUCUGCUCUCUGGCCUGAUAGGAGUGGUGUCGUGGAAGAGGCCACUGUCUCUUGUGAUCACAUUCUUCAUGCUGCUGUCUGCAGUGUGUGUGAUGCUCAACCUGGCGGGCUCUAUCCUGUCCUGCCAGAACGCUCAGCUUGUCAACUCCCUGAAUGACUGUCAGCUGUGUGGAUGUGUGUUUUACCCUCCUACCCCCCAGGUCAAGUUAAGUGAUUCGGUGUGUGUGUGCUGCGAGAUGCCCAAGCAAGGCUCCAGCUGCAGCCAGGGAGAGACUCUGAGACUGACUCCUCUGCGGGACUGCAACACCAUACGCUUGCGUCUCAAGGAGCUGUUGUUUAGUGUUUGUGCCCUGAACGUCAUCUCCACCAUCGUGUGUGCUCUUGCCACUGCAAUGUGCUGCAUGCAGAUGGUGUCGACUGAUGUGCUGCAGAUGUUUAUGCCGCACAGAUCCAGAGCCUUAAAUGCAGACUGCGUGACCCCCUAUGGAACCAUCUUGCACCAAACCUUGGACUUUGAUGAGUUUAUCCCUCCCAUUCCUCCACCACCAUAUUACCCACCAGAGUACACCUGCACCCCGUCAAUGGAUGGACAGAGAGGCCUGCAUCUGGACUUUCCCCAUUCUCCCUUCAGCACUGUCUAUGGGGUCCCUAUUAACAGCCCAGGAACCAUUUACCCUACUGACUUACCCCCACCGUAUGAAUCUGUGGUGGGUCAAACUCCUGCCAGCCAGGUCACCACCAGCAUUGACCAGCAGGCCACUGAGUCCAGUCUCUGUGAGAGAAACACUACAGCAGGACUCAGCACGCAGGCCUCAGUGGACAGUGCAUCACUAAUGGUAUCGGAAGUGGCUGACCAUGACCAGACCUGCUCCUCUGAGGACUUGUGCUCCCUGGAGGUCCAGGGCUCUGACUCUUCUCCAUAUGGAUUGCUGCAGACGGCCCCAAAUGGCGGGAGCUGCACCAGCCUGGAGCUUUGCAUGCGUGCUUCCUCACGCUGCCAUCGGGGCAUGCCCAACACAGAUUCUCGCCCAAGCGAUACUGGAUACAGUGAGUCAUCUCACACCCAGGACUCACUAGAACGCUCACCAGACUGGUCCUCAGAGAACUUCAGCAAUCUGGACCAGGAGGAUUCAGCAGAGAACCCUCAUCCAUGUGAGGAGUUCAGGGCUGCAAUGCACAUCAGUGACGAACUGGCCUCAGCCAAACAUUUGCCGGAGGAUCCUCCUAAAGCAGCAACACACUCCCUAAUUAAAGCUCGGAUGAUGAGCAGGAAGCUCACCCUCCCUGUUGCCAUCCCACCACCGCCACAGCCUUGCUCCCCUACCUCUGUGGCCUCCUCUGGUGGAACAUCGGCUAUCAGCCCAUCAGCUCCUUCUCUUUCUCCUUCCCCUCCCACCAGGCCAAGAGGUCCCAGGCUGUGUUUUAGUGUUUGGUCUCCCUCUCCCACAUCCCAGCCCCCGUCUACCUCGGGCCAAAGUGGCCAGUCACCCUCAGAAAAGCCUCGGACGCUCAGAGCAGCCAGGAGGUACCGCAAACUGGCACGCAUCGUUCGCUCCACCAGUGACCCCAUCUCCUGCUCCACCACGACAGGAAGGGAAAAUAGUGCCUGCGCCUCCGGAAAUAACCUUCCUACUGAAGAGUUGGCUCCAGCAUGCAUAUCUCCAAAAAAUGAACCAAGAGGUGUUUCCACAGAAGUGAUUGGAGGUAAACUGAGUCACGCGCAUGUUUCAAAACAGCAGAAAGAGGGCAGAAAAACAGACAUCCCCUUGAAAUCCAGAUCCCUCCAUGCACACUCCCCCCACGAGCGCCCGCACUCCCUCGCCGACCUCAAGAUGUACAAAGACACCAAAAUAUUAGUGGCCAAGUUCCUGGAGCAUUCAAGCUGCAGUCUACCUCCUGAAGUCCAACAAGUUGUCAAUAACAUCAAAUGUGUGAUCAAAUCGGAUGAGAAACACAUGGAAGAGGCUAUCUUCAGUGCAAAUGUCAUCGAUCAGGUGAUGACCCAGCAUAUCGUUAGCAGUCCCAGAAAGCGCGGAUACGAGGAUCUUCACCUCCAGAGCUGCGGUGCUUUGAGUUCCUCCCCAUCCCCAUCCAUUCGCCGCCCAAAAAAUCUCCCACAGACAACCAGCUCCCCUGUUGACCCACAGGGUUCUUCUGAACAAAGCCUUGAGUGCAGAGAAACUAUUCUCUGACCACUAUCUUAACAUGGACUUGGGCUUAAACUCUGAGAGCAUUCCAGGUGCAGGUGUUGCUGUCCUGUGCAGCAGAUCUCUGUGGAGUAUUUCACAACUUUCUAGAUUUUUUUUUUUGAUUAUUCUUUUUUUGCAUGGCGUGAUUGCAGCACAAAGCAACUGAAAUGCCGUUGUACCGUUCCUAGUGCCCUGUGAGAUCAUGCCAAGUCUUCAGCAGAAAUGGUAGCAAACUCACGCAGAGCCUGCCAGUGUCUGUCGUGGCUUCUAUCUCAUCAGAAGAAAACAAAAAAACAAAAACGAAAGAAUGUCUCUCCCCUCAGGUAGCCUUUUGUACCGAGGUUCAUCUGUCCAAAGGGAAAGAAAGACGCAGCUUGGAAGUUUGAAAAACUGUGAUUCAAACACAAAGGAGAUUGUGCUGACAGUAUCAUUUCUUGUUUUCAAAAAGAAACAGAGAAGAAACGUGUUGUAAUAAACUGUGACCUGACCUGAUAGGGCAUUACUAGCCAUUGUCUGCCGACUUUGUGGGAUUGUUAACGAUAGGGUGAUCGAUAUUUUGUGGUUCAAGAACAUGACAGAUGUGGAUUAUUUAACUUACCUCAUUGUGUUACAAUUCUUAUCAGUGUAACAAUAAAAUAUGCAUUUGUAUACAGGGGUAUGUGUUUUUAUUUUUUCAGUUUAUGUCAGUUAACAUGUCUUAAUUGUGAAAUGCAGAAUUUAAAAAAGUUAUGAAAAAUAAUUUAGGAUCAAGAAACAAUAUAAUAUCAGUUAACUUUCCCAGUAUCUGUAUUGUAAAAGACUUAUAUUUUGUGAAUGCAAUCAGGGAUGUUUGAUGAAAAAAAAAAUGUAUUGCCAGAAUAAAUGAAUGAAUACUUUUA